AUGGGCAAUGCGUUCAACGAGUCCCGCGCCGAGGACUGCGAGAGCCGCCGGUGGCUCCCCUCGGGCGAAAGCCCGGCCAUCAGCUCGGUGAUGUUCUCGGCCGGGGUGCUGGGCAACCUCAUCGCGCUGGCUCUGCUGGCGCGCCGCUGGCGGGGGGACGCGGGGCGCAGCGCCGCCCGGGGAAGUCCCAUCUCCUUGUUCCACGUGCUGGUGACCGAGCUGGUGUUCACCGACCUGCUGGGGACCUGCCUCAUCAGCCCCGUGGUGCUGGCGUCCUACGCGCGGAACCAGACCCUGGUGGCGCUGGCGCCCGAGAGCCGCGCCUGCACCUACUUCGCCUUCGCGAUGACCUUCUUCAGCCUGGCCACCAUGCUCAUGCUCUUCGCCAUGGCCCUGGAGCGCUACCUGGCCAUCGGCCACCCCUACUUCUACCAGCGCCGCGUCACGCGCCGCGGGGGCCUGGCCGUGCUGCCCGCCAUCUACGCCGUCUCGCUGCUCUUCUGCUCCUUGCCGCUUCUCGACUACGGGCAGUACGUCCAGUACUGCCCGGGGACGUGGUGCUUCAUCCGGCACGGGCGGACCGCGUACCUGCAGCUCUACGCCACCCUGCUCCUGCUGCUCAUCGUCGCCGUGCUGGCCUGCAACUUCAGUGUCAUCCGCAAUCUGGUCCGCUUGCACCGCCGGGGCAGGAGAAGCCGCUGCGGACCCUCCUUGGGUAGCGGCCGGGGCGGCCCCGGGCCCCGCAGGAGAGGGGAAAGGGUGUCCGUGGCGGAGGAGACGGACCACCUCAUCCUCUUGGCCAUUAUGACCAUCACCUUCGCCAUUUGCUCCUUGCCUUUCACAAUUUUUGCAUACAUGAAUGAAACCUCGUCCAGAAAGGAGAAGUGGGACCUCCAAGCGCUUAGGUUUUUAUCAAUCAAUUCAAUAAUUGACCCUUGGGUCUUUGCCAUCCUUCGGCCUCCUGUUCUGAGACUAAUGCGUUCAGUGCUCUGUUGUCGGAUUUCAUUCAAAACACAAGAUACACAAACUUCCUGUUCUACCCAGUUAAAUUCCAGUACACAGACUGACUUUUGUAGACAGUAAUUAAGAAGUAUCAGCCCGCAUCUGGGAGGUCAUUUUGAAGCGAGUCAUUGGAGAAAUGAAAACGCUCAUCAUCAUAAUGUAGAUCCCCAGGGAAGGAGCCAACACGUGUGAAGCAGUGGUCGGGCUGUAGAUGUGGGCAAGGGCACUUCACAGAAGGUGUCAGGAAGCCUCGCUAACAGCCGCCCCCAGUGGGCUGGCUCGGUCGCCUUCAGCAAACAGCCCGACUGCAUUUAAGAACCACUCGUCUUAAGGCUAAACUUUCCAGUUGACCAAGAAAGCACGUGGUGUUACAAUUUGUUUAAAACCUAAAUAGUUACUGUCCUACUUUAAUCUUGUAUGCUAAUACAUUAUAAAUUUCUACAGCAUGACAUGCCGUGGUCUACAAGUAGGUCAGAUAAAACUUUUUUAUGUAUUGUCUAGAAAAUCUUUAUGUGGAUGCAACCCACCCUGUUGGCUUAUGCUAGCUGGAUAAAUCCUUUAUUUGGACAAUGAAGUUGAGGAUUAGAAGCACUUUUUACUGUCAUGUCUGUGUUUAUGGGAGUGCUCUCCGGUUACUACAGCGUUUUCCUUGGAAGAGUGGGCUCCCUGGGCUACUGUCAGCUCUGUGCACUUUCCCCCCAGCUUAUUUUGUUCCUAAUGCCCAGAUGUGCUCACAGUAAUCAAGAGCACGUUAGGGAUUUGUUUCUCAAGAAAUAAUAGAAGAGCGUUAUUAAGAGAACACAUUCUGAUUAAUAUUCAUUACUGUACUUCUUAGGAAGGCUAUAUAUGACUAUAUCUAAAGCCAAAUAUUAAGAGUUCAAAACAGGAAAACCUGUCAAUCCUUGACAUAUAGUAGAGCACUUUUAAUAGGGAUGUUGGGGUCAUGACUAACAUAUAUUUUGUGAAAUGCCUGUGCUGUAGCGAGCUUCAUCUGUCUUUAUUUUUAUUUAGGGAACAUAGUUUGACUCAUAUAGGAAAUCAUGAAACAGUGAGUCAUAUCAACAUAUUUCUAAAUCUAAAUGUUUGGCGUGGUGUAAACUCAACAUCAAAAUAUUUCUGUGUAUUUGCACUAUUUAAUCAUAUCUUAGUUACUGUGUAAACGAAUCCAAAAUAUUAUAAAAAAAUGAACUAUAAAACAGAAGUUUAAAAUGAAAUAGCAUUUAAUGAAUUCCUCAUAUAAUUACCAUAGACAUACUAUCUUUUAAAUGAGAUGAAAAUGGAAAAACAGAGUUUAUUUGUCGGGUUUUUAAAGUGUGAUUGCUUUGUAAUUAGAGUUUAAAUAUUCAACAUAGUAUUUGGUUGGGUUUUUUUUCCUCUUAGUUUAGUAUUACCUUCCUAGCAUGAUUUUUUUUAUAGUGGACCACUUUAUUUUGUCUUAUAAUUGUUGACCCUAAACCAUUUCCUAUAAGUAGCAUCAAACGAGAGGAUCAUUCCAUUAUCUCAAACAAUCUAGGCACUGGUGUACUUUGACACACAUGAUCUAUGUCCCAUCAGCUCUUACAUAAAAAACAAAAACAAAAGCAAAUAAAUAGUACACUUUUCUACAAGUCUAAACAAGCCAGCCAAAAUGUAACUUAACUAAAAUCUGGACAUGUAAAUAAAUCUCCCUUGUCUACCAAAUACUCUAAAGUUAAGAAACUGUUCUCAAUGGGACGAAAUUAGGCCCAUGGGUACUUCCUAAACAUAAAAUUCUAAAGUUACUUUGAAUCUGGAAGAUUAAUGUCUUCUGUCAGAUAACAGUUUCUCCCUCCAAAUGAAAAUGUUGCCUAUAAUCCUUCAUCCACCUUCACCAUCCAUAAAAUAAAUCUGGAAUGAUGCCCAAGGACAAACCAAACAAAAAGGCAAAGUUGGAUAUCAUGUCAAACAAAGUGAUUCAUUCUGGGAACCCCACAUUUGAGUCACUUGUUUGAGAAUUACAGAUGGCUAGGCUUUGUUUCUUAAUGACCCUUACUCGGUGUUGAAUGACCACACGUGCGAUGGGGUUUCAUCAGGAUAUGCACAACAGAGACUUAAAGAGAAAGGUAUCUGUGGGAAUCAGUCACCUACUAUUAAUUGAAAUUUAAAGGUAAUUUUUUUUAAUUACUUAGAUUAGAUAUAAAAUAUUUCCUCUCUAAAAAUUGUCACAUCAAGCAUACCUGUUGAAGCUAUUAGUUCAUUUUCAAAUUAGAUAAAAGAAACAUAAUUUAGCCUAUUAUAUUAGAGAACUGAAUUGUGAUAAAAAAAGACCUAGAUUUUAUUCUUUAGGUCACCCUAGUCCAGCCCCAGCCAAUGGAAUGAAAAAGGAAAAUGAAACUCAAGGAGAUGUUUACCUCAAGGCCAGCCCUACCUUUAGGCAUCCAGAUAGAGGACGGGCAGUCAGUUGUGAGCCGAGUUGCUCCUGGAUGGUUCUCUGUGGCCCAGGUCCUCUUUCCCAAGGGAGAAUUGGGAAGCUAUGGUGCUAAAUUGUAGUCUCGAAUCUCUAAAGAUCUCAUAGAGACCUGACUUCGGUUAGAAUCUACGGAGAGCUCCAGAAAACCCGACCCCUAAAUAGUAACCUAGAGCUAGACUAUAGUUCCAGAAACCACACUGACCCCAAACCAGUGAGCCAAGGAGCGUGCUAACACUAACAUCAAGUCAGCGCUCAUCGGAUCCAAGGAGGACAAAAGACAAAAACUCAGGUUUAGGGUUUGAUUUGCAGAGGUUUGUGCAUAUCAUUUAGCUUAAGCCAAAUUCAAUGAUUUCUCAAACAUGGGAAGAGUCCCUGCUCACACCACUCACAGCUAGAGAAGCGCUCCUCUCUGUAAACGGAUACUUUGUACACGUAACCCUAUGGCACUGAGUCAGUACAGGUGGUGUUGCAACUUGAAUAUGUGAUGACUGCCUACUGCCUUCAUCAAGCGCUCGGCCUCACUGGAUUUCCUCUGUGAUUGCAAGUUUACAACAUACCUCCAAUCACCUAACAGCAUUAGAAUUGAUAUUAUUUGAGCACUCGAAAUAUACACUAUGGAAAAUGGGUACUAUUGUAAUUUGAAUAAUUCAUUAAAGCUACAGACUAAUUUAUACAUGGAACCAUGUAUUGGGCAUUACUUUUCAUUUCAGAAAACUCCUUUUUUGGGUAGCUUUUCUGCAAAUUGU